AUGGCCACCAAAAGACUAGCCCUCCUCCUCCUCGACGUGCAGAACGGCGUCGUCAACCGUCUCGAGAACACCACCCAAUACCUCCAAACUCUAUCAUCCGUCGCACAAGCUGCCCGCAACAGCCAAAUCAACAUCAUCCAUGUGGUAACGGCCUUCCGUCCUGGCUAUCCAGAAUGCCAUCCCCGAAAUCCUAAUGUGGGUAGAGCCAAGGAAAUGGGGGCUUUCCUCACCCACGAUGAGUCGACCCAGGUUCAUCCCGCUCUGUCACGCCGCGAGGAAGAGCCUAUUGUUACCAAACAUCGUGUCUCGGCCUUUACUGGCACUGAGCUGGAUCUUAUACUGCGGUCGAAGGGUAUUACAGAGAUGGUGGUAGGAGGACUUAUUACUAGUGGAGCUGUUCUGUCGACUGUUCGCGCGGCCGCGGAUCUAGAUUACAAUGUGACUGUUCUGGAAGAUGUGUGUAUGGAUCGGGAUCCCGAGGUGCAUCGGGUUCUAAUGGAGAAGGUUUUUACGCGUCAGGGGCGCGUUGUGAGUUCGAAGGAGUGGGUGGAUGAGAUUGCGAAGUGA